AUGGGCAAGGACGGCUUCUCAGCAGGUGACUCCAAGAAGGGCGCGAACCUUUUCAAGACCCGAUGCGCACAGUGCCACAACUUGAAGGAAGGAGAGGGUAACAAGAUCGGACCAAACCUCCACGGUCUUUUCGGACGCCAGACUGGUCAGGUUGAGGGCUUCUCAUACUCGGACGCAAACAAGCAGAAGGGCAUUACAUGGGAAGAGGAUACUCUGUUCGAGUACCUCGAGAACCCAAAGAAGUACAUUCCGGGCACCAAGAUGGCAUUCGGUGGUUUGAAGAAGGGCAAGGACCGAAAUGACCUGAUCACUUUCCUCAAGGAGGAGACCAAGUAA